AUGAGGAUUCGGAAAUUUUCAAUGAACUCCGUUUCUUCUCCUCCUCCUCCUCCUCCUCCUCCUCCUCCUCCUUUAUCUUCUUCGCCAUCUUCAUCAUCAUGCUCAUUGAUCACCACCCAUUCUUUUGCAUCAUCCACAGAUUCGACCUCUUCAGUACCAUCAAAUUGUACUUCUUUUCCAUCAAUCGCUUCAACCCGUUGCGAAGGUCUUGAUCUACUGGUGAAGGCAAUUCACCAUGUUGCAUCAGGAUCAGUAGUGGGAGUGCCGUAUAUACAGAAAAGAGUGAUCAGGCGAAGAAGAAGAGCUCUCAGAUUCACCAAACUGAACAUAACCCAAAUUUUUCUGGAGAAAAAAGAACCAGAAGUGGGAAAAAAAGAAGUCCAAGUUCAAGCAAAGUCGAAGCAGAAGAGACAGAGGAGAGCAAUGGCAUUGCCAUCUAAGUACCAUGAUUCUGUUCUUCAGCCAUGGAAACAAGUGAGCCGGCGACAGAGAUCCAUCAAGAUCCCUGAUGAAAUGGGUUCGUAAGUAGCUGCUUUUCCUGGGUUCUGCAUAUUUGAUCUUCAGCUUUUCUACCACAGAUUCGCAGUAAUUGUUACUUCAUUGCUCAUUAUUCUUAUAGUGGCAAGUGGGUAUUUUACUGCUCAAGAAUUAUGUGCUUGAUUUACUUUUACUUCUCUCGAUCAUUGGGAAAAAAAAUGAAAUUUUGUAUUGGGUUUAAAUUUUAUUCGGAUCUAUGUAUAUCAGAUCACUAAUUCAAU